AUGGCGUCGAUCCCAAGGAAAAUCGCCAGACUGAUGGUGUUCGCUCUGAUAGUGUCGACCAUCAUUCUGGUUGCCGUGAACUCGUCGAGUUUUGGGCUCGGUGGCUGGUUUGGGUCGGCUCAAACGGGGCCAAGAAAGCUUGUUUUUUCCAACAACAAGUCAAAGCCACCAGAAAAGGUUGUCGAGGAGAAUUACAAGCUGCUCCAGGAUGUUCUGAUGAAGCCGAUCCUGGAGCCCAAGACAGACAAUCUCGUGCGUCCACCCGCGGACCCAGAUCAGUACGACCGGGCCAAUGCAACCAUGCUUGUUCUGGUGAGAAAUCGAGAGCUGGGUCAGGUGGUGCGCACCAUCAAGCAGAUCGAGAAGAAGUUCAACUCCAAGUUCCACUAUCCGUACGUGUUUCUGAACGAGAAACCGUUCACAGAUAAGUUUAUGAGCGGUAUCAAGGCGGUGGUUUCUGGCACGGCGUAUUUUGAGCACAUUGACGCGGCCGACUGGGAGCAACCCGACUGGAUCGACGUGAAGAAGCAGAACCAGGACAUGCGUCAACUGGACAGCGAGAACGUCGGGUAUGCGAAACAGGUCUCGUACCACAACAUGUGUCGCUACUACAGUCUGGGCUUCUACAACCAUCCACGGCUCCGCCAGUUCAAGUACUACUGGCGGUUCGAGCCCGGCACAGACUACUACUGCGAUCUGAACUACGAUGUGUUCAAGUUCAUGGAGCUCAACAACAAAACGUAUGGGUUUGUGAUUGCGUUGUACGACGUGGAGCAGUCUGUGCGAACGCUGUGGCCGCGCACGUUGGAGUAUCUUGCGGCCAACCCGGCUGCGCUGCAUCCCAACGGCGCGUACGACUUUCUGCUCGAGAACCAGCAAAAUCCGCACAAAACAAAAGAGGCCAACGGGUACUCAACAUGCCAUUUCUGGUCCAACUUUGAGAUCGCAGAUAUGGACUUCUACCGGUCCAAGCCGUACUCCGAUUGGGUGAGCUACUUGGACUCCACCGGGGGAUUCUACUACGAGAGAUGGGGCGAUGCCCCGGUGCAUUCGGUCGGCGUGGGGCUGUUCGAGGACCGCGACAAGAUCCAUUGGUUCAGAGACAUUGGCUACAAGCAUCAACCAUACACUCUCUGUAGCAACUGUCCGACCUGUUCCAAGUGCAAGACCGCAGAGUUCACCUACGACCACUUGAAAGACCAGAAUUGUCUGGCCAACUGGUGGAAGUACGAGAUGUCGGAGUCUCAAAGGAAUAUCUAUUAA